AUGGCAACCGAUAUGUCGGGCGAACAAAUGCAGGCCAAAAUUACAGCGGCCAGACGUGAAGCAGAGGGUUUGAAGGACAAGAUCAAGCGCCGAAAGGAUGAGCUGGCCGACACCUCCCUCCGCCAGGUCGCGUCCGAUCAGACCGAUGCCCUCCCUCGAAUUGGUAUGAAGCCUCGCCGAACACUGAAGGGCCACCUCGCCAAAAUUUAUGCUAUGCACUGGUCAACCGACCGCCGUCAUCUUGUGUCAGCUUCGCAGGACGGAAAACUGAUUAUUUGGGAUGCCUACACCACCAAUAAGGUCCACGCUAUCCCCCUGCGGUCUUCUUGGGUUAUGACCUGUGCUUAUGCGCCAAGUGGAAACUACGUUGCUUGCGGUGGUUUGGACAACAUCUGUUCCAUCUACAACUUGUCAUCGCGCGAAGGUCCGACUCGCGUUGCGCGUGAGCUGUCUGGUCACUCCGGUUAUCUCUCCUGCUGUCGCUUCAUCAAUGAUCGCCGCAUUAUCACCUCUUCCGGCGAUAUGACCUGUAUGCUGUGGGAUAUCGAGUCUGGAUCUAAGGUUACCGAAUUCGCCGAUCACCUUGGUGAUGUGAUGUCGAUCAGCAUCAACCCGACCAACCAGAACAUCUUCGUGUCCGGUGCUUGCGAUGCGUUCGCCAAGCUGUGGGAUAUCCGUACUGGCAAGGCUGUGCAGACAUUUGCCGGCCACGAGUCUGAUAUCAACGCCAUUCAGUUUUUCCCCGAUGGCAAUGCCUUCGGUACCGGCUCGGAUGACACUUCCUGCCGUCUGUUCGAUAUCCGUGCUGAUCGCGAGUUGAACAUCUACCAGAGUGACCAGGUUCUGUGCGGUAUCACCUCUGUCGCAUUCUCCGUAUCUGGCCGAUUACUCUUCGCCGGUUACGAUGACUUCGAGUGCAAGGUGUGGGAUGUCCUCCGUGGCGACAAGGUCGGCUCAUUGAGCGGCCACGAGAACCGUGUGAGCUGCUUGGGUGUCAGCAACGAUGGUAUCAGUCUGUGCACUGGAUCUUGGGAUUCUCUCCUCAAGGUCUGGGCCUGGUAA